CGGCCCCCUCCUCGCAGUGGUUUCUCCUGCUGCUCCCCUGGGCUCGGCGGCCGGUAGUGCGGCCCGGAGCCGCCGCUUCGCCCUUCCCCUGUGGGUGGCCCCAGCGCGCAGCGCGCACUCGGUGGCCCCGGGAAGGUGAGGCGGACGGAGGCUGCUGCGGAACUUGGCGCCCCCAGCAGCGCCGGCCGGCAGAGUCGCCGAGCGCAGACAAAAGAGGCCGCGGGCGCAGCGAGGCACGGGCGGCGGCGGCGGCGGCGCGGGGCGAUGGCCGCGAGAGGAGGCCGGGCGCUGCUGGCGCUGUGCGGGGCACUGGCCGCCUGCGGGUGGCUGCUGGGCGCCCAAGCCCAGGAGCCAGGGGCGCCCGCGGCGGGCAUGAGGCGGCGCCGGCGGCUGCAGCAGGAGGACGGCAUCUCCUUCGAGUACCACCGUUACCCCGAGCUGCGCGAGGCGCUGGUGUCGGUGUGGCUGCAGUGCACCGCCAUCAGCAGGAUCUACACGGUGGGGCGCAGCUUCGAGGGCCGGGAGCUCCUGGUCAUCGAGCUGUCCGACAACCCCGGUGUCCAUGAGCCUGGUGAGCCUGAAUUUAAAUACAUUGGGAAUAUGCAUGGUAAUGAGGCCGUUGGACGGGAACUGCUCAUUUUCCUGGCCCAAUACCUGUGCAACGAAUACCAAAAGGGGAACGAUACCAUCGUCAAGCUGAUCCACAACACUCGAAUCCACAUCAUGCCUUCCCUCAACCCCGAUGGCUUUGAGAAGGCUGCAUCUCAGCCUGGUGAGCUCAAGGACUGGUUUGUGGGUCGAAGCAAUGCCCAGGGAAUAGAUCUGAACCGGAACUUUCCAGACCUGGAUAGGAUAGUUUAUGUGAAUGAGAAAGAAGGUGGUCCAAAUAAUCAUCUGUUGAAAAAUCUGAAGAAGAUUGUGGAUCAAAACACGAAGCUUGCUCCUGAGACCAAGGCAGUCAUUCAUUGGAUUAUGGAUAUUCCUUUCGUGCUCUCUGCCAAUCUCCACGGAGGAGACCUCGUGGCCAAUUACCCAUAUGAUGAGACGCGGAGUGGUAGUGCUCAUGAAUAUAGCUCCUGCCCAGAUGAUGCCAUUUUCCAAAGCUUGGCUCGAGCGUAUUCUGCUUUUAACCCACCCAUGUCUGACCCCAAUCGGCCACCGUGUCGCAAGAAUGACGAUGACAGCAGCUUCAUAGAUGGAACAACCAAUGGUGCUGCUUGGUAUAGUGUACCUGGUGGAAUGCAAGACUUCAAUUACCUCAGCAGCAACUGUUUCGAGAUCACCGUUGAGCUUAGCUGUGAAAAGUUUCCACCUGAAGAGACUCUGAAGAGCUACUGGGAAGAUAACAAAAACUCCCUUAUUAGCUACCUCGAGCAGAUACACCGAGGAGUUAAAGGCUUCGUCCGGGACCUUCAAGGUAACCCAAUUGCCAAUGCAACCAUCUCCGUGGAAGGAAUAGACCAUGACGUUACAUCUGCAAAGGAUGGCGAUUACUGGAGAUUGCUUGUACCUGGAAACUAUAAACUCACAGCUUCAGCUCCAGGGUAUCUGGCAAUAACAAAGAAAGUAGCAGUCCCUUAUAGCCCUGCUGUUGGGGUUGAUUUUGAACUGGAGUCAUUUUCUGAAAGGAAAGAAGUGGAAAAGGAAGAAUUGAUGGAAUGGUGGAAAAUGAUGUCAGAAACUUUAAAUUUUUAAAAAAGCUUCUAAUUACCUGCUUUUAAUCAAUCUAUCUAUACAAUGUAGUAUGAUGUAAUGUGGCCAUUUUCUUUUAGAUCUUGUGCAAUAUUUAACAUUGAUUUAUUUUUAAUCAUUUAAAUAUUAAUAGAUAUCACUUAAACAAUUAGACUUUUAGGUAAAAGUAUAAGAACUUGGUCUGUUUCUUCUCAUAUAACAUUGAUUUUCCUACAUAUAUUACAUGGAGAACUAUAGGAAAGGUUUGAGUGAUCUGCCAUUUUAGACUUAAAGGAAAUAUUCCACGUGUUAUUUAUGAUCCAGAAGUUUUUGAGUAAUUCUGGCUUUUAAAAACUAAUGAAGUCCUUUUAGUGUAAUGGUAACAGUGCCACAUAGUGAAUGCCACUGAAAAGGUCAACAGCUACAUUUUGGUGUUGUGAGCAUUAUACCGCAAGACCUACAUAGUUCAGUAUAAAUUGUCAUUUGUCUUGUGCUGACUAGCUAUAUAAGCAUGAUCUUGUUAAUGCAUUUUUUGGAUGGGAAGGAAAAAUAAAUGUUUAGAAAGGGAUUUUAUGAUGAGAAUUGACUUCCUGCUUGCACAUACGGGGGCGAUACUGUUAUAUUAUUCAGCCUGCUAACACUACUUAAAAGCUUAGGGUUUUCUCUUGGUUGUAGAUUGGUCUAGAAUUGUAUUCUGAAUGAAUAAAGGUAAAGAAAAAUA